AGCAAGUUUUAACAAUUCUUUUUUUGAAAAAAUAAAUCACAAAGAAAUUUUUGGCUUGGCGAAAAUGGAAUGUGCAACUUUUUAAUGAAAUCAUUAUAAUUUCGGAAGUAAUUUGAAGAUUUAAGAAUAAAUUAGUUUUACAUUAAAGUUUACAGCGAUAUUUCUCAAGAAAAAAAUAUUUAUUUGCAAACAAUAACAAAUGGCUGCUCUAAAACGGUGCUCUCCUUCAUUAAAUCAAGCCGUAGACUGUUUACAAGAGCGCCUAAAGCAGGGUCAAAACAUAGCUAACACGUUGCAAGAACGUUUAAAGCACGGCCAAAACAUUGCUGAUAUUCUUGAAAAUCAAAUUUCAGCUGCUCAAAAAAAUCUUAAUUUUUUACAAGAUCAAAUCCAUCUUGCAAACGAAACUGUUAUGAGUUUAAAAAAACAUUUUUAUGAUGCAGAAGAAAUGCUGUCUAACUUGGUGCGAAGCGAAAGAUUGGUUAAUGGUCAUUCAUAUAUUAGUUCUCAAUCAAAAAUUUCAGAUGUUUCCGAAAAUAUGGAAAGUUCUCCUUGUUCACCGACAUCUGCGGAGACUUCUCCAACGCAUAUAAGUAGACCUUAUGAUGAUAAACAUGAGCAAAAGAAAUCACAAUAUGCCCAACAACUGCGACAAGUUCUUGAUGUACUUCAAGAUGAGUCAUCGUCACCUCAGAGACCUUGUAAUCAUACCUCAAACAAACCCUUGAGAAACGGAGAUCAUAGUUGUAAAAAAUAUUCAAACUGUAAUCGCUGCCAUGACGAUAAUGAGUAUUUUGAAAGCGAUAUUAAUAGAAAUGACGAUAAUAAAAGAAUAAAAUCAAGCGAAAUUUCAUUUUCCAGAGAAUCUAAAGACCAGAACCGUAUGAAAGGUUCUCCUCAUCGUUUUGUGUACUCAAGAAUUCACAGUAAUGAAAUAAAAGAUUACUCUUCAAAUAACAAAAUGCUUCAUACACCCUCUCCAAGUCAACAGCUUUAUCCUGACAAACUUUUAUAUCCUCAUCAUAUUUAUUCAAGAGCAGACAAUGACUUUCACGAAGAUAUUUCAUCUCGAAAAAAAAGAUCUCACGGUCUAGGGGAAGAGCAUUUAAAAUAUACUAAGGUUAAAAAAAUUGAUGGAAGCAAGAUAACAGCACAAAAAACUCUAUUAGAUUUUAACAAGCGUCGAUUCUUACCAUACAAUCCUCGAUUUGAUUUAGAUUUGCUUAUAGUACCUCCUCCAUUACCUGCAACAGAGCUCCUUAAAGGCAAUUCUUUGUGUUAUAAAAAAGGAAUUGAAAAUGGUCAACGAUUUAAUUCCCUAGAGUCUUGUAAAAUUUACAAAAAAGUAAAUGGCGAAAUCAAUAAAACUAAUUCCGCAGAAAAUAAAGUUCUAUUUACGCGAUACGCCGAAUCAAACACGGAAAUUAUUCCAAUAAAAAAUGAGCUGGAGGAAGGUUUAAAGACGGAAGAAGUAAAAUUUAAACUAAAAAAUAUACAACCUAUAUUACCUUCAUAUAAUUUACUUGAAGAAGAAAACGCACCAAUCAUUGUUGGGGGUUCUCGAACACAGUGACAAUAUUUGAUGAAUUUAUAGUUUUACGCUUUACAUUUGAAAAAUAUUUUUACAUAAGUUUGUAUAUUGUUAUGCCCUAUAUAUCACGUUUAGUUUGUAUACAUUGAUUAGUAAAUUGUAUAUUGUUA